CUGAAGGGUGUGACGCAAAUAGUCCACGCCGGUCACGUGGACAGUAUGCCUGUAUGUGACGCGGUAGUAGAAAUCUGCGUUUUUGUCAAACUCUGCAUUGCAAAAUGCACGAAGAAUCGUACGUAGAAAGAAACUGGACGGACUCCGAGACGAAAGCGCUGUUGAGCAUCCGAGCAACCGAAGAUAUUAGUCAGCAGAUCAGCGGAACCGUUCGUGAUUCUCUUAUUUACGGCGAAAUCGCGAGGCUCCUCCGGGCGCAGGGGAUACAGAGGAGCCAGCGGCAGGUCACCACCAAACUGAAAACACUCAAGAAGAAAUUUAUGAAAAUCCACGAGCAUCAUAAAAACAGCGGCCUCAGCAAAGUUUACUGGAGUUACUAUGAUCUUUGCAAGUCCAUAUGGGGUACCAGACGCCCCGUGAAACCGUCAGUGCCUCAUAAUAACGUAAAACUGGAAGAACCUCAAAGUACAUGCGUCGAGGAUACCAGAUCCACUGUCAUUGAGGUAUCGAUCAUAAAUGACGAGGGGACGCAUGUCGCGCCUCAAGGUUCCUACCUGGAAUAUUUACAAAAUUCCCCAGCUUAUCUUCCCUUGGAAAGUCUCAAGAAAGUUUCCCGAAAUUUUCCAGAACUAGUUACUCAACCUCCAUGCAAAAAGGCCAAAACUGACCACAUUCCUGAAUCCAUACGGGACGAAGCAGCUCUUCAUGUCUCAGAUGAUAGAGAGUAUGAGGAAAGGUUGCGUAAAGAAGCCAAGGAGGAGCAGAAGGAAGAAAGGGCAAAUCUGAUGACUAUGUGGAAAGAAAUGAUGGAGUUCCAGGGGAACCUAUUAAAGGAAUUUAUACACCACCCGUCCGUGCCUACACCCGUGCCUUGCCACAAACGUGCUCAUUACAACCAAAGUUCCUCUUCAUUUCCAAGCACCAGCACAAACUACAUGGCACCAUAUGACUCACCUGGAAUGGAAACUGAAAACGAAAGUGCGGUUUCGCAGGAGGAAGAGGAGGAGAAAUACGUUCCAUCUGAGAUUCCCGUCGUCUUGGACACUCCACCCGUGAACUGUGCUAAUGACAGCCAAUCGAAUGUCACAUUUGCUCCUUCACCUCCACCCUCACAAUCGACAGAAAAGGCCGAUCUCAAGAUGUCAGUGUUACGCAGGCAAGAGAAAGUCUUGCAGCUACAGGAAGAAUAUUAUUCGCUGAAAAUCAAAUACCUGAAAGAUAAGAUGGCCAGAGAUCAGGAACAGAAUAAUAAAGGAGAACUCUUUUGUUGAAA